AGAUACAUGUAAUUCUGCAUACAACAUCUAUCAGGUUUUGAUUGGAAAUUGAAGUGCGUAAAGAUUGAUGUUAUAAAAGUUUAUAGUUUGUAAGGAUAUAAAGUUUGGUAUAUAUCUGUAUUAUAAAACUCCAAUCUGAUUUGAAGGACUAUAUAAUUCUAGACUGAUGAAGAUGCUACCAUACAUAAUCCUUCAUUCUAUCAUCCAUUGUACAUUUCCAGUUUUAAUCAAUGGAUUUCUCUUCAUCUCUCCAGACCAGAAUCUUCAGGUUACGAUGUCAGGUGGGAUUCAACCCCCUUUAACCACCCACAUUCUAGACACAGCUAGAGGGAAGCCAGCUGGAACUGUACCAAUGGUUUUGUCUAUUCAGGAACAAAAUGGAGACUGGAAACAACUAGAAACAGGGACAACCAGCAUAGAUGGUAGAGGAGGAUUCCUCACACAGUCUACCUUCCAUCCAGCUGUAUAUAAACUUUAUUUUGAUACAGGAGCCUACUUCAAAAAGAACAAUUUAAAGGGGUUCUAUCCAUAUGUAGAGGUUGUUUUCCAGAUAGAAGAUGAGAAGCAGCAUUACCAUGUUCCACUAUUACUAAGUCCUUAUGGAUAUUCUACAUACAGAGGGAGCUAAUGAUAUACAAAUAUGUUAUAUCUAGACAAUCAAUGAAGCUAGAAGAUUAAAAAGAUGAACUGGAUACCAGUCAUAUAUGUUGAUAAAUUCUUAGAUGAUAAAAAUGUGUAGUUUUUAAAAAUAUUUAGAUUCCAAUUCCCUGCUGGAAAUUUGAAUUGAUGAUUUUGACUUACUCAUCAUAAACCCUAUUUAUUCAAGAUUGCUGUGUUUAUUGCAUAAUGUUGAUUUUUUUUUAUUAUUAAAGUCGUCAUAUUGUUUACAACCAGGUGUGUAUGGAGCGAUCUGUGUGUAAAUGUAUUGAGAGCUUUUAAAAGCCCAAUGAUAUCAAAUGCAAAAGAUUAUACACCCACAUGGGUAAACAAAGCCCAAAAAUUAUCUAAAGCUAUGAUCUAGUCUCAACUUUGCUUGAGCAGGUUUUGAAUGUUGUAAGCAUUAUUAUCUUUUAGAAUUUGUUGUUGUCUAGUUCUUUAUAUUCUCCUUUUGGAAUAUCUUUAUCUUUGAAAAUAUAAUUUUAUAUGUAAACUUAUUAAAAAUUAUUAUUUUA